GCCGUCGGCGGGGCGGGGACGCGGCAGCGGUGGCGGCGGCUCCGUGUCGCCGGAGCCCGAGCGCGCAGGCCCGGCCCGGCGGUCGGCGGCUGGGCGGGGCGGGGGCGCCAUGUGGUUCAUGUACCUGCUGAGCUGGCUGUCGCUCUUCGUCCAGGUGUCCUUCAUCACGCUGACCGUCGCGGCGGGACUCUAUUAUCUGGCAGAACUGAUAGAAGAAUACACAGUGGCCACCAGCAGGAUCAUAAAAUACAUGAUCUGGUUCUCCACAGCUGUGCUGAUUGGCCUCUACGUUUUUGAGCGCUUCCCUACCUGCAUGAUUGGCGUGGGCCUCUUCACCAACCUCGUCUACUUUGGCCUCCUCCAGACCUUCCCCUUCAUCAUGCUGACCUCGCCUAACUUCAUCCUGUCGUGCGGACUAGUGGUGGUGAAUCAUUACCUAGCAUUUCAGUUUUUUGCAGAGGAAUAUUAUCCCUUCUCAGAGGUCCUGGCCUAUUUCACUUUCUGUCUAUGGAUAAUCCCGUUUGCGUUCUUUGUGUCACUGUCGGCUGGGGAGAACGUCCUGCCCUCUACCAUGCAGCCAGGAGAUGACGUGGUCUCCAAUUACUUCACCAAAGGCAAGCGGGGCAAACGCUUAGGGAUCCUGGUUGUCUUCUCCUUCAUCAAAGAGGCCAUUCUACCCAGUCGUCAGAAGAUAUACUGACCCCCUUGGGGAGGGGAUGUGGGGGCAGGAUCAGGAGAGUCAGGCCCCUGGGCGUCUGUACUAGGUAGGGGCUGUGACCCUGGAAGGUACCUUCCCCCAGCCCUGGCCUGACUUCCUUCAGCUCUCCCUGAAGUCCCCGUCCCCACCUUCCUUGGGAUGCUCAGCUUGGCUCAGAUCUGACGCUGCUAGAGGCUGUGGCCUCAGAGGGCACCAUGGAGGGUGGUCGACCUGGCUGUGUAGAAGCUGAGCUCCCCGUGGCCCUCCCCACCCACUUCCAUGCUGGGUCAGGAGGUUCUGGCUCAGUUGGGGCAGGCAGGCCAGGGGCCAAGAAGCUGGAGAGCAGACAGUGAUAAGUUCUUUGGGCAGGUGGCCAUGGCUUGGCUCCAAGAGAAAUCAUUUUUGCUGUUGAACUGUGAUUUCUGUCCAAGUCUGAUUCUUGUUUGAAUAAAGAUUCUAGGUGGCACUGUUGCCUUAAUACCCUGAUAAUUCAUCUUCCUUUCUUCCUGCUGCCCUUCUGCCCUGGACUGGAUGGGCUUCUCUGGGCCUUUUCUGGGGUUAGGUCUUGCCUUUCCGAAGGGGGUCUGUUCUUACGGCCCUCAGCCGGAAGGGGGCGGAAGAGGAGCUGAGCCUGAUCAGGGCAUGGGGAGUGGCAGGUGUAGGCAGCCUUUCUUGUGCCCCUCUCUUUUCUUCUCUUCUUUCCCCAAGGCUCCAUGACUGUCAAGGUGGGGACAGAAAGGGGACAGUUUGGGACUGGGAUUUUCAGAGCAACAUCUACAAUACCCUAUUUAAAAGUCUUCCCCUGGAGAAAAGGGGUGGUUUCUGACAGAAUUCUAUGUCAGGAUCAAGGAGAAAAAAAGUAAAACUUGGCUUCCAGGCAACCUGGACUAUAUAGCCUAUUUUUAAGAAAUGGGGCUGUUGGGAGAAGCCAUUUGUCACCCUUAAGAGCACACAGGGCUGGCCUUUUCUCUGUGCUCACCUCCUGGGGAGGUGACCUCAGGCUUCUAAGAAUGCAGGUCAGGUCCCAGGCACAGACCAGCAUUUGUUAACCUUGCACUCCAACUGCAGUGCCUUGCAAAUACUCAGCAGUACAUAUCGGAAUGAAGUCCCCAUGAGCGCCAUUACUGGCCAUGUCUUAUACCUCAAGGUGAGGGGAGCAGGUGCAGAGAUGGACCGCACACAUGUAGUACCUUUAAGCCUCUGGGAAGACCCCUGUGCUUGAAAAUCCUUCGUCCACAUCCUGUCUCAGGUCUCAUUGUAGUCCUUCAUUUCCUUGGCUUUAGCAUUUCCUGUCUCAUAACAAUACCAGCCUUCCUCUUUUCCUGGGAGGAGCAGCACAUUUUGGUCAUCUCUCAGCGGGAGUGAGAUUGCCAGGCCCUUUUAUCCUAUGCAGACAAGGGGGGCGACAUAGAGGACACUGGGCGCCAACAUCAUCCUCACUCUUGGGCUAGCAGCUGACCCUGCUCUCCCUUGCUGUCCGCUUGUUUGUUCCUCACCCGAUGACGUGGCUUUGCCUCCUGCAUCCACUCCACUGCCUGUGCUCUUCUGGGGGUUGCUAGUGGCCUUUUUGUGCUAAAUACAGUGAACCCUUUUUAUAUCUUACUGGGGCUCUGCAGCAUCUGACAGGGCUGACCACCCCCGGCUUCUGGAGUCGCGCUUCUGCGGCUCGUUCUCUUCCUACCUCUGUGGCUUCUCCUUCUGGUGUCUUAUGCAGGCUUCUCCCCUCGCCCCAUGCACAGUGGGGUUUCUCAGGGUCCUGUCGUGGGCUCUCAAGAGGAGCCCAUCCAUGCUGAUGGCUUCAACUCUUUGCCAAGGAAGUGACAGUUGACCUCCAGCCCCAACAUCCCUCCUGGGCUUCUGAACCACAGUUCUGCCUGCCGCCUUGGGGUGCACAAAUAACUGUCAUGGCCCCGGUGGCACUUGUUGCUGUCCUCUGCCUACCUGCCUCUUUUGGGUACCUGCUGUGGCCCUCAGACCUCUCAGAGGAGCCAGACCAGAAAUAGGCUUUCUAUCCCUGCUUUCUCUUUUUGGCACCCUGCCCCCGCCCCCGCCCCACAUCCAGUCUCUACAAACGGUCAGGUUUGCCUUCUUAACAUCUCUUGGUUAGAAUAGAGCCACUCCCACUGUCAUCAGCUUUCAUGGGGUUAUUGUGACAGCCUCCUCCUGCUGCUCUGUCCCACAGCCAGAGUUGUCUUUCUAAAAUGCAUAGUUGAUCAAGUCACUUUCUGGCCUACAACCUUCCGUGCUCCCCACUACCUUCAGGACAAAAUCCAGACCCCUUAGCAUGGUUUUGAGACUCGUGCUGUCCUGCUUCCUGCUCGCCUGUCUGGCCUCAUCACUUGCCACCUUGCACUCUGGGUCCCAGCCUCCUAUAUCCAGAGAUGCCACUUUGAUUCCUCUUUCUUCUGUUCACCUGGGCAUCUUAUACGUUAGUUCUCAACCCAAGAUUUCCCUUCAUCCAAGGAGCUUUGAGUGUGCCCCCGCCCCACUCCAGCAUACCACACAGAUCACUCUGGGCUUCCUUGCCCGUGGACAGGUCUGUCUCCUCACUAGACUGUAAGCUCCUUGAGGGCAGGGACUGCCCUUCAAUUUUUGUAUCAACCGUGCUUGGCUUGGUGCCUGGCACAUAGAAAGCAUUCAAUAAAUGU